AUGGAAAUUGAUGACGAUCGGAAUAUCCCACCAGAUAGGGGAAGGAAAGAAAGUCAGUAUCAAAAUAUAAAUCUAAAUAAUAAAUAUCAAAACGGCAGUAACAAGGUAAGCGAAAUAUCUAUUGAAAAUAUUGAAAAGAAUUAUUAUUUACUUGGAGAUCAGGGACCGUACUAUGUUUUCGUAGAAAAUAAAUCAGGGAAUAUAGGUAAACUGCAUAGAAUAGGAGCUGCAAGGUUAAUAUUAAAUGCUGAAAAUGAAAUUAAACAUAAUAUUGUUAAUAUUUCCAUAAUUGGUAGAAAUAAAUUGAAAGUAGAAUGUAAUACAUUUUUGGCCGCAAAUAAAUUAGCUGAAUCUAAAACACUAUCGGAUAAAAACUAUGAUGCUUAUAUACCUACUUUUUACACACAAAAACGAGGUGUUGUUAGACAUGUAGAUACUGAUAUUUCUGAAAUUGAAUUAAAAGGUUUAAUUAAAGGUAAAUUUGGUCAGGUUGUUACAGUUACACAGGUUAAGCGAAUGUUUAGAAAAUCUGAGGAUAAAUUAAUUCCUACGGGGACUGUUAUUGUCUCUUUUAAGGGACAAACAAUUCCUAGUCAAGUAGUAAUAGAAAAAAUUGUUUAUGAUGUCGAAACAUAUAUUCCUAAAAUAAUACAAUGUUUAAAAUGCUUGCGUUAUGGACAUAUAGCUAAGCAGUGUCGUGGUAAGGAAAGAUGUAAAUUUUGCGGUAAUGAACAUAUUAGUGAUACUUGCGAGAAACAAAACAACCCUUCGUGUAUUUUUUGUACAGGCAAUCAUUCUGCUACAGAUAAAUUUAAAUGUCCAGAAUUUUCCGAACAAAAAUCAAUUAAACGUUUAAUGGCAACAGAAAACAUAAGUUAUGUGGAAGCCCUUAAUAGACAUAAAUCAAGCUAUGCAUCAGCUACUAAAUCUCCCACAGAGGGAUCUAAAUAUACCGUCAAUAUAAAAAGAAAAAGAAUCGCAACAAGUCCAUUACCACCAGAUCCUAUAACCCAAGAGCAUAGAGAUAUAAUAACCCUUCCAACUGUCCCCUCUAGACCCGUAUAUGAAAGUUUUAGAAAUAUUCCACAAUAUCACAAGGUACCUUUUAGUCAGCCGAGUUCUUCUUCUUUUACUCACUUUGAUGCUGCAUACGUUGAGGAUCCCUCGCUUCUGGUGGGUUCUGCAAUCGGUCCUGUCCUUUGGCUGCUCUGCGGCUCUAGUAUGGCUCUCGGCUUUCGUACUGCUCUCGGCUCUAGUAUGGCUCUCGGCUUUGGUACUGCUCUCGGCUCUAGUAUGGCUCUCGGCUUUGGUUCUGCUCUCGGCUCUAGUAUGGCUCUCGGCUUUGGUACUGCUCUCGGCUCUAGUAUGGCUCUCAGCUUUGGUACUGCUCUCGACUCUAGUAUGGCUCUCGGCUUUGGUACUGCUCUCGGCUCUAGUAUGGCUCUCGGCUUUUGUAUUGCUCUCGGCUCUAGUAUGGCUCUCGGCUUUGUGUCAAAUCGCCGUACUAUUGAAAUGUUCCAAAACAUGAACAUUAAACUGAAUAUUAACAAAAAUGAAAAUAGUAAACCGACUGUCUCAUCAACUGACCAGCAAGUUACCAAAAGAAAACACCCUACCUUAUCCCCCAUAAUAUCUACAAACAACAUAGACAGUUUUGAGGAUUUCUGUUCCGAUGAUAGUAUCAAAGACCCAGAUUACGAGUAUUCGAAUGGUGAUGCAAAUAACCGUAGAAGUCGCAAGAAUAAAUUCAAACGUAAAAAAUCAUUGAUACCAUCAGAGGAGAUCACGACGGAUUAUUUGAUAAAUGCACCAAUUCCUGAUUCUGAGCGACAAUCUCCAAAACAGUUGGAUUCCGAAGACAAUAACCAAGACUUUAAUAAUGAAGAAUUACACUUAAAGCAAAAUGUCUCCAGCCAACCAAAUUCACUCGAAGCCAUCCCUAGACAAUCAAAAUCUCGUAGCAGUUCAUCUAGUACGAGCAGUUCAAGCAGCUCAAGUGGUUCGAACAGCUGCUCCAGUAGUUCAAGCAGUUCGUCCAGUUCAGAUUCUGAAGCAGAUCAAGCUUGUUCAAAAGCAGUUGCACCAUCUAAAAUAGAAAAUAUCCUGAGGUGUUUUUCGUCAUCUAGCACCAACGAAGAUGAAACUCCACGCGAUUGUGUUGCUGAGCCAGUAGCUGGAAUGUUUACAAAUAACAAUUUUAGUAACCCUUCUGAUCCCGUAGCUUCACGGUCUACAAUUUUUGCAGAUAUAGCUGCUCCAUGUAUUGAAGGUAAAGAAAAUGUUAAUUCGAGAAAAGAACGAAAACAAAAAGCUAGACCCAAUAACUGGUUACGCGCCAAAGCGAAAAUUUUGAGAAAUUCUGGAUCUGUUUUUACUUCCCGUACAAUGGAGAUUGAUGAAAAUAAUAGUGGUAAGAAGAGACCAUACAUCGAGGUUGAUCCUGACACUGGAAUAGAGGUGCCUUCUGCCAAAAGAUUGAGAGUGACACCUGAUAACAUAAAAAAAGUAAAAUGCCUUAAAUUUCUCCUUAACUCAUAUGAAAAGAUAAUUGAAAAGACAUUCAGUGAAGACAUAAGAAACGAAGCAUAUGCGAGCAUAAGUCUGGCACACAAGGUGACUAAUGUAAUAUUCGCUUCAUUCACAGUAUUGAGACAAGAAGCAAGUGGUACCAACAGAACAAUGGUGGCGAAGACAAGGGAUAAGAAAACGUUUCCUUUAAAUUAUUUGGGAGGUGAGAGGAGCAUCCUAUUGGAAGAGGCAAAUUACAUCCUGAAAGAGGAGGCAGCGAAUCAGGGUUUUGAGUUCAGGAAAUUUGGACCUAACGAAGAUGCUUGGUAUGGGACAGUGAUGCCCUAUCUAGAUUUCUUUGUGGGAAACCAGCUCCGACUGAGAGAGCUCAGAUUAGGCCACAGUGUAGCUCCCAAAGGAAAAGCUGCUGAUGGGACCCUCAAACAAUUUUCCGUAAUAAAGUAUGGGUUGAAUGGGUCCCAUCAUAUCUUACUUGAAGGGUGUACAUACCCACCGGAGAAGAAGUCAGCAAUGGCUCAAUCUGUGGGGCCAAUGACAGCUCUUUUACAGCACAUUACAGUAGAUAGACAAUACAGGGGAAAAUGGACAGCAGCAUACAUGAGGGUAAAUGCAGACCAUUGGGCAAUUUUAUUGGAUUUUGCUGAAAAAAAUCCAUCAAUUAUUACAAAGAGAUUUCCAGGAUGUAACGACAAAGAAAAGGUAACAGAACUGUGGAAGCAACUUUCAAAUAAAUUAAAUGCACUUGGAUAUGGUGAAAAAACUACAGCUGAAUGGAAAAAGACGCUAACUCAUUGGAAGUCCAAAGUAAAAGGAAAAGCUGCUGGUAUAAAAACGUAUGAAAGCAAGACUGGCGGUGGACAGUCAUGUAGUCAACAGUUGUACUCAUAUGAACUUAGAUUGCUAUGUAUAAUGGGAAAGUCUUCAUAUGAGGGGAAUCCUAAAAAUGAGAAAGUGGGUUUGAAAAAAAGAAAAUUACAUGAUAUUCCAUUAGAAGAAACAGCAGCAAUAUUACAACCAAACAAUGAUGCUUAG